AUGCCGAAGCGCCACCAGGAUAUCGAGGAUAUUGACGAGAAACCGACCGUGACCCCUCCAGAUGCUGAGCAUAUGUCCAAGGAGGAGACGGUGACGGCCGUUCUCGAACGCGUCGACUACAUUUCGAAGGUCACGGAGGAUGGCGAGGCCAAAUUCCACAAGCUUACGUGGCAGCAGCUGGUGGUUGUCCUAAUCGUCUGUGCUGUUGCGCUAGGCACGCUGUCCAUGCCGCUUGUUUUCAUGAUGCUCGGUAUGAUUGGAGGAACAAUUCUGACCGUCGGUAUGGGCUUGAUCGCGAUUUACACGAGUUUCUUGCUGGGAACAGUCAAGCUCAAGUAUCCCCAAGUCAGGCAUUACAGCGACGUUGGCAGGCUGCUGCUCCCCGGUCGCGCAGGACACAUCCUUACCAAGGUUCUGCAGUUUAUUUUCGUGUUCUUUGUCAUGCUAGGAGUGGCCGCCCACUUCCUCACCGGCAAGCAGGCGUUUUCAACCAUUGUUGGCGACAAGUCUAUUUGCCAGUUGGCAUGGAGCGCUGUCACGCUUGUGCUUCUGUUUAUCUGCUCACUCCCGCCGUCAUUCUCGGAGAUGGCCGUCCUCGGCUACGUCGACUUCGUGUCCAUCAUGGGUGCCGUUCUCAUCACCCUAAUCGCCACCGGCAUCGACGCCCGCAAGAAGGGCUGGGACACUGGGUGGAGCGCGUACCCGAUGCCCGGGCUCACAUUUGGUCUGGCCAUGAUUGCCGCCUCUAACGUGCUCUUCGCAUACGCAUUCAGCAUCGCCCAGUUUACUUUCAUGGAAGAGAUGGCCGAGCCAUCCGACUUCCCCAAGUCAAUCGCUAUCCUCGGCGCUGUCAUGAUCCUCAUUUACACGCUGACCGGGGCCCUGGGUUACGCGUUCAUCGGGCCCGGAGUCAAGGGCCCAGCACUGCUCUCGGCGGGCCCAACGAUUUCGCGGGUCGCCUUUGGUGUUGCUCUCCCAGUCAUCUUUAUCUCGGGCGCCAUUCUCGUGACCACCAUCGGCCGCUUCAUUAUGGACCACAUGUUCAGGAACAGCAUCGUCCGCUACGUCAACACGGCCCGCGGCUGGAUGACCUGGAUCGGUAUCGUUUUCACUACGAUCCUCGUUUCGUGGAUCGUUGCUGAGGCAAUUCCGGUUUUUAGCUCUCUCCUCUCCAUUACGGCCUCGUUGUUCAACUCCGGAUUCACCCUGUACCUCCCCGCGAUCAUGUGGUUUACCCUGCUCCGGGAGGGCGGGUGCUUCUCAAGCGGCAAGAACAUCGCGCUCACGAUCCUCAAUGCGUUCAUUAUUAUCUGCGGCCUAAUCAUCUUCGGCGUCGGCACCUGGGCAUCGGUGGACGACAUUGUCAGCACGUAUCGAAAGACUGGCAUUGGCAGGCCCUUCUCUUGCAAGUAGCAACAGUAGAUGACGUGGAAAUGGGGAUUGUGGAGUGGGUGCGAUACGAGUGUAGGGUGUACAAGGUCGAUUGUUGUUGAAAGCGUAUGUCAAAUAAAAUGGAAUAUCUGAUGCUAUUGCUGGGUGAAGUUGUCGAC